GAACAUAAUUCAGCGCUUUGCAGACUGUGGUAAUUCAAUCAUGAAAACGGCUUUCUUUGGGUUGCCAGCAGCCGCUUUGUUGUUUUUGGGGACGAUGCCCCAAGCCUUCUCCGCCUUCGUCAGCUCUGACGUCUAUGCCAAUAAUGACCUCACUGGGGACGAGCGAGUCUGUAAAAACAGGCAAUUUAAGAAUUUUUUGAAGUGUGCUCAUGCUGAAAAGGGCAAUGCGAGUACAUGGCCCGAUCUUUCUUCUUGUCAAUCCCUCUUAGGGGAUUGUCGUGGCUGGGCCUAUGAUGGAGUCAACGAUGGAGCCAUCACAGGAAAUACGGAGGCGUACCUAGGGAUCGCUGGCAUUUCCAAGAACGCCAGGUACUUCGGGUAUUAUGCAUACGGUAACGCGGACCCGAAGAAAUACGUGCCGUUUGAUUGCAACUAUGUCUCCAGGCUCUACAAAAAGAUCACCUUAUCCCGAGCCGAGGCCGCGUUUGUCUUCUCUCAGACCAACUUUGCCUUUGGUAUGCCGGUGCCUGUCGGCGUGGUGAAGUACUUUUAUAUGGUUCCCUUCUUGAGGUUGAGUGACGACAUAAAUUACGAGAAUUGCCCCAUUUUGGAGGGCCAUUUUAAGAAGGGCUCCCCCAUCGUGCGCGCAUCGAAGGGCGGUGCGGUUCCGACGGCAUCCAUCCAACCGGUCGGCCACGCCCCGAGCGCACAAGGCGAGGGAGUCUCACCUCCGCCACGCAGGGGCAACAAGACCUGA